CUCCCAGUCUCCUCUGUUUCUACUCUAUCUUACCCUUUCUCUCAUUCUCUUGUCUUUCUCUCUCCAUUUUCUCAGCUCAUCGAGCCAAUCACACCUAGACUCAAUCUUUCUCCCUUCUCCCUCCCCAUCCUCGAAGGAUUUUCGGCCGUUUGAACAAUUGAUUGUCGUUUUCCUCCUCCAUUCUUUUGUAUUUAGUUAAUUUAUUUAGUAGCUGGUUCUUUGAAACCUGAAAGUGUGCUCUCGGUUUGCCGUCUUCUCCCUCCCCCAUCAGCUAUUCCGUUCAUAUCUUCCGGGGAAGGUUUUUGUUUUCCUUCUCUGGGUUUCUCAAGUCAUAGAAAACCCAUCUCCGGGAGUCACAGGAUUGGUUCUUCUAGGACUCAUCGCCGCCAUUAACGCCUAGUCAUUUGGGUUCCAAAAAUACGGAGCAUUGAGUAAAAGCCAGGAAGAUAUCUCUCAUACCUACCUCUGUUCUUUCUCCGUUAAAUAUACAUCUGUUUCAGUUUCGUGUCUUCAAAUUUCUCUGUUUUUGCUCUCAUAACCGCUCGCUCUUUCAAUCCAAACUUCAGAAAAAGAAAAGCAACGGUACUCUCUCUUCUUUAAUUGAAAAGGCUUGUUGCUUUCAUUUUCUAAGCUCUCCUCUCGAAUCUCCAGAGACCUAGAAAGGAGGUUUAUUGCUUUCCUUUUUUUUCUUCUUUCACUUUUCCGAUUUGCGAUUGAGUUAGAGUGAAUCAAUUCCUUGUUGUAAAGUCGGCUUCUUUCUCGUUUUCCCCUUAGUGGGAUUUCGUCUAUUUAUUGGAAUUGGAAGGGAAUCUAGUUCCUCUCUUUCCAUCACGAUCUCCAUUUCCCUUCAAGUGGUCGUUAAUCGCUGAUAUCUCGCUAUUUUCACGGGUACCCCCAAAAGAAAACCGCUCCCCUUCUCUCUGUUCAAAAGAGAAAAAAAGGAAAGUUGGAACCUUUUUUCACUUUCAAUCUAACAAGCCCCCGUUUCUUCUUUCAUAAGCUUCAGCUGAAACCAAACCAUGGGGAGCAGAUUAUGGUUUCUGCUUCUGGGGGUGUUGCUGCUAUGGUGUUCUUCUUGUUCCAUUGUGAAUUGCUUAGGGGUGAAUUGGGGGACCAUGGCUACCCACAUGCUACCGCCCAAGACAGUUGUGCAGAUGUUGAAGGACAAUGGGUUUCAGAAAGUGAAGCUAUUCGAUGCAGAUUCCACCACCAUGAAUGCUCUUGCUGGGAGCAACAUCGAGGUUAUGGUGGCUAUCCCUAAUGAUCAGCUUCAGGCUAUGACUGACUAUGGCAACGCUCAAGAAUGGGUUAAGAGAAACAUUUCUCGGUUCAACUUCAACGGUGGUGUUAAUAUCAAUUUCUGCAACAGGUAUGUGGCAGUAGGGAACGAACCAUUCCUAAAGACAUACAACAACUCAUUCAUAAACAUCACAUUCCCAGCACUCCAAAACAUCCAAAACGCCCUCAACGAAGCUGACGUGGGAGACACCAUAAAGGCCACCGUUCCCCUAAACGCAGACGUAUACUUCUCCCCAGACGACCAGCCAUACCCAUCCGCUGGAAGGUUCCGGCCCGACAUCAACGACCUAAUGACCCAAAUCGUCCAGUUUAUGAACAAGAACAAGGCACCUUUCACGGUGAACAUCUACCCCUUCCUCAGUCUCUACGGCAACGACAACUUCCCUUUCGAUUAUGCCUUCUUCGACGGAGCAGCUCAGCCUGUGGUCGACAAGGGCACCGGGAUUCAGUAUACCAACGUGUUCGACGCCAAUUUCGACACCUUGGUGUCAGCCCUCAAAGCCGUGGGACUCGGUGACAUGACGAUCAUGGUCGGAGAAGUGGGAUGGCCGACCGACGGUGACAAGAACGGCAAUGUUGGCAAUGCUUACCGGUUCUACAACGGGCUAAUGCCCAGGCUCGCAUCGAACAGAGGUACGCCACUUCGACCUGGCUACAUCGAGGUCUACCUGUUCGGCCUUCUAGACGAGGACGCCAAGAGCAUUGCCCCAGGCAGCUUCGAGCGACAUUGGGGCAUCGUCAGGUACGACGGGCAGCCCAAGUUCGCAUUGGAUCUCUCGGGCCAAGGGCAAAACAAACUUCUGGUGGGUGCACGAGGUGUGGACUACUUGCCCCAGAAGUGGUGUGCAUUCAAUCCGAAUGCUAAGGAUCUGAGCAAGCUGGCCGACAAUAUCAACUACGCGUGCACUUUCUCCGAUUGCACGACGCUCGGGUAUGGGUCAUCCUGCAACGGGCUGGAUGCAAACGGGAAUGCGUCGUAUGCUUUCAACAUGUACUACCAGGUGCAGAAUCAGGAUGACUUGGCUUGUAAUUUCGAAGGAUUGGCUAGUGUUACUACACAGAAUAUAUCUCAGGGGAACUGCAAUUUUAUGAUCCAGAUUGCUACUUCUUCUGCUGGAAUUCUUGGGCCUUCUGUUGUUGUUGUGCUUCUCGUGCUGGGGUUUGUUACAUUGCUGGUGGUAUAGAUGAAGAGAAGGAGAAGUGGGGGUUUAGUUUUGGUUUGGCAGCUUGAAGAUACCAUUUUGAGAUGUGUAACAUUUCCCCAUAUACAGAGUCUUUUUGCUAGUUUUUCUUUUCCAACCUGGUGGUGGUUCUUUUUUAGGAGGAUGUUUAUGGAUUACAGAUGUUUGUUGUUUUGAAAUAAGAAUAUGUCACACCAUUGGUUGGUUUGGUUCUUGGAAGUGGGCAAUGGCUUAGUUCAUAUCAUAUAGAGUACAUAUGCAAAUUGAGAAUCAUUUGAGUUGAUUUAAGUUUCAUGAAUUGGCAUUAAAAAAA